AUGGCGCCUUAUAGGACCAAAGCAAUCAAUGCCAGAGCAGAGAACGUUCCAUAUUUCACACCUGCUCAAAAUCCUCCAUCCGGAACAGCAGUAAGCUCUUCAUUGAAGGCUCAAAUCAUCCCAAAACUUUUUCAACCAUUGACCAUUAGAGGCGUAACUUUCCAAAAUAGAAUAUGGGUUUCGCCAUUAUGUCAAUACUCGGCUGAAAAUGGGAAAGUAACACCAUGGCACAUGUCCCAAAUCGGUGGCUGGGUCACGCGUGGUCCUGGUCUUACUAUGGUAGAAGGAACUGCUGUUUCAAAAAACGGGCGGAUCGAUCCUAAUGGAGUAGGCCUUUGGAAUGAGGAGCAGCUUGAAGCGUUGAAAGCGAUUGUAGAAUUCACACAUUCCCAGGCACGUAAAGAUCUCCAGUAUCCAACUCUGCUUGAACGUGUCAAAUUUAUGAUCCCACUUCCCCAAUGCAUCUCUUUUCCGACCGUUCCUUAUUUUAGGCAAUUGCUGAUACUCCAACGUUCAAUAGAGCCAACACAUCGGUAUUCAGCUCAUGCAUGCAGGCCGAAAAGCUUCCACGGUUGCACCAUGGCUGGGAAUGGGAAUGCAACCGAAGAGACAGGUGGUUGGCCUGAUGAUAUUAUCGGACCAAGUCCAGUGCCCUACAGUGAAGGCUCUUUCAUGCCUAAAGAAAUGACGCUCUCCGAUAUUGCAGAUUUCAGAAAGUCUUGGGUAAGCUCUGUUGAGCGUGCCUUACGAGCCGGGUUUGAUGUCAUUGAGAUCCAUGCGGCUCAUGGAUUUCUUUUUCAUCAAUUUCUAAGCCCUGUCAGUAACAAGAGAACAGACGAGUAUGGUGGCAGUUUUGAAAAUCGCAUCCGUUUGCUUCUCGAAGUAAUUCAGGAUACUCGGCUUACGAUACCCGAGACAAUGCCUUUGUUCUUACGAAUCAGUGCAACAGAUUGGUUAGAGGAGACUGGAAUUGAUGGUUGGACUCUUGAAGAUAGCGCGCAAUUAGCAGUAAAAGCUGCAAGCUUUGGCGUAGAUUUUAUUGAUGUAUCUUCUGGUGGCUCCCAUCCAGGACAGAUCAUCAAAGUCGGCCCCGGGUACCAAGCUGGCUUUUCAAAAUACAUUAAGAGUGCUGUUAAGGACAAAGCCUUUGUCGGUGCUGUUGGUAGCAUCACAAACGGCGUGCAAGCUAAUGGACUUCUUGAAGAGGGCCUCGACGCCAUCUUCAGUGGAAGAAUGUUUCAGAAAAAAUCCUGGUCUGAGACUACUAACCUAAGCGUAGGAUUAUUGUACAUGCUGCAAGACAAAUACAAUGGGUUUCAAGAAAUUCCCAACCCACUCCAUAGCCUGAAAGUUCUAGCGAAUAGUGCAUGA